CAGAAGCUUUAUGAGAAAAGACACCCAAGUCCUAGCUGUGCCAUUUUACCGUGUGGGACCAAACUCUCAGAGAGAUCAAGGCAUUAAGAUUGAGCACUGAAUAGCCCUGUGUCUCCACCACCCAAGCCUUGUGUUAAAUCCUUUCCCUUCAGCUGGAAUCCCAGCAUGUGACUUGGACAUUGUCAUUUGGUCGGAGGGAGGACAGCUGAGGAUGCUGGAUCUUCAGGCCCUGAAGAGGGAAGUGAGCAAAAAUACCUGUCUGGAUAGGGAGCUGUGAACGGAGCCAAAGCAGCAGCACCAAUCAGGCUAUUUCUGAAGAACCAGAGUUUUCAGUGUCAGCCAUGCAAAGUCUCAGAAGGAGUACUGCCCAAGGUCCUCCGAAUGAAGAGGCCUAUAAAGGUGAGGGCCGGUUAUCGAGGCAGACAAAAUGUCCUGUCCGGAAGACAUCUUUUGAGAAAACAGCAAUCAGGAACAUGUCAAUGACCCUUAAGGAAAUUUUUGCUAGGGAGAGAGUUCCUGAAUCUAGUGAAUUUAGUCUAAGCUCAAAAGUUAAUACACAGCAGAACAUUCCAAAGGGAGCUAGAUCCCCCAUAUCUAGGAAAAACUCCGAAGAUAAUUUGGACUUCAUUAAACACCAAAAACUCUUCCCACAAAAGAAACCUUGUAAAUGCAAUGAAUGUGGGAAAGCCUUCAGUUACCAAUCAGACCUUAUUGUCCACAGGAGAAUUCAUGGUGGAGAAAAGCCUUUUGAAUGCAAUGAAUGUGGAAAGACUUUUAGCCGAAGUACACACCUUAUCGAGCAUCAGAGAACUCACACUGGAGAGAAGCCGUACGAAUGCAGCGAGUGUGGAAAAGCUUUUAGCCGGAGCACGCACCUGAGUCUGCACCAGAGGGUCCACACGGGAGAGAAGCCCUAUGAGUGUGGUGAGUGCGGGAAAGCCUUCAGCCGGAGCACGAACCUCAGCCAGCACCAGCGAACUCACACUCAGGAGAAACCUUACAAAUGUACCGAGUGUGGGAAAGCCUUCAGCGACCGCUCGACCAUAAUUCAGCAUCAACGGAUACACACUGGAGAGAAUCCCUAUGAGUGCCGUGAGUGCGGGAAGGCUUUCAGCUGGGUCUCCUCUCUCAGCGAGCACCAGAGAACACACACGGGCGAGAAGCCCUACGAAUGCGGCGACUGUGGGAAAGUGUUCAGUCGCAGCUCUUCCCUCGCCGAGCAUCAGAGGACCCACACCGGGGAGAAGCCCCACGAAUGCGGAGAAUGUGGGAAGGGCUUCGGUCGGAGCUCAUCGCUUAUCAUUCACCAGAGAACUCACACCGGGGAGAAGCCGUACAAGUGUAAUGACUGUGGGAAAGCCUUCAGCCAGAGUUCAACCCUCAUCAGACACCAGCGACUUCACGCUAAAGAGUAACAGUCGAGCUUUCUCCUUAAUGUGCGCGGAAGAGCACGCCGCACUCGCAUCCUGUUCCUGCAAGGAGAAACAGAUUCGUCUGUGGAGUUUUCUUCUCUACUAGCUAGCUGUAAGCCAGGGUCAA